AUGCUGUCCGCAACAAGAUCCGCCGAGCCACCAUUCAUUCUCGAAGAAGCGGGAGACAACGAUCUACUCACCAACACCCACGCAGAUGCAUUUGUCGGUUUGCUUGACGAGCCUGUUCAAGCACGACUCAAAGUCUUCGGUUACAUCCUUGCUAGUGACGAAAAGAGGACCGACGCACUCAUCUCAUCCAGUUCAAAGGUUCCUGAACCACUCUAUCCGCUUUGUCUGGUACUCCGCUACCUGAUCCUCAAGGAACAGCACCGGCUGGGAGAGUCAAGUCGUCGCUUCAAUUGGUCGCUGAAACAAGUCCAUGCAGCGGUCGCAGCCGGUCAUCUCGCUUACACGAUCCACGAAGCUCUCAAGUCCGACACAGCGGUCACCUCGCUACCCUCCAGCCUAUCCUAUCCGAACCCCUUGACAAUAGAGCCAACAACACGAGACAUCCAUCUACAGACCAGCAUACAGCUCACCCUCCAUUCCGCCUAUCAGCUCGCCCAGUCCCUCCUGCUCUGCCCUGAGCCUUUCAGUGCUCCACCAAGCGCCCUCGUCCUCGGCUCACUCUUUCACAGGAUUUCACAGUCGACGGAUGAAGCAACACGAGACUCGAUCUCUGCCGCCUCUUCGGCAUUAGAAAACGCUAUGCUCGAUUGGAUUCUACACGACACAGAACAGCAUCUUGCCAUCGACGUAGAGGCACUGAGGAAAGCAAAGCGAGACCGAAAGAAGGAAGAGAAGAAGCAACAUACUGCCGCAACCGAAGCAGAGAAGAAGCAGAGAGCCGCAGCUGCAAAGCAAAAUGCUUCACGGUCUGCGUUCGCACUUCUUCAACUCGACAAUGGAGACGGUAAAGAGGAUAGCGAAAAUGAGGAGUAA